UGGGGCCCCCGGGCAAUAGGGAAUCAUGGGGCCCCUGUGUCCUUGCCCAAACUCAAAAAAGCCUAUGAAAAAGGUACCAGGGGCAUCUCAUGGGGCCCCCUACUGACCCCGGGCCCUCGGGUAGUGCCCAAGUUUCCAAAUGGUCAGUCCGCCCCUGACACAUUGUACCUGUAAAAGUGGAAAUCCAGCUUUGCACUGCAAAAGGGUGUAUAGAAACAAUUAGAUGUGCACAACGAAAAAAUGUGUCAAAUUUCAGAUCAGUUCAUUAAGUUACUAAUUU